CGUGACUAAGCAGUAUUACACCAUUCCAGUCUGCAUUGUUGUGUAUGGUUAAUACAGUGAAAGCACUGAGUUAUGUUAUACUGCAGUCAUACUGUAUCUCAGGCGCCGUAGUGCUGGCAGUGUGCACGCCGUUUUGUGCUCUGUGUUGUAUGCAGUCGUGUGUACCUCGAUUGAAACGGUGUCGCUUUACCAGCACACACUUUAAUUAACAACAUAAAACUACAAUUAAAUAUUUUUCUUUUUGGUUCGUUUGUUUGUUUUUUUUUAAUAACCGUUGCUUUGACUGGACUGAAGAGGUUGCUGCUGUGUGACGGGUAGCUCCAGUUCAGUAUGGGAGCUCACCUCUCUGUGGACCCCAGUGUCCACGUCGUGAUCGUGGGCGGCGGGUUUGGGGGGAUUGCGGCAGCCCGGGAGCUCAAGAGCAAGGGGGUCCCCUUCACCCUGCUGGACCUCAAGGAUGCCUUCCACCACAACGUAGGGGCACUGCGGGCCUCGGUGCAGACAGGGUUUGCGCGGAAGACUUUUAUACCCUACGCAGCCACGUUCGGAGAAAGUUUCAAGCUGGGCAGGGUGGUCAGGAUCGACCUGGAGACACAAGCAGUGGUUCUGGAGGGAGGAGAGGAAUUGAAGUUCUCUCACCUCAUCCUGUCCACCGGCAGCGAGGGAGAUUUUCCGGGCAAAUUUAUCGAACCGGUUACCAUGGAAACAGCCAUCCAGCAGUAUGAAGACAUGGUGAAGGAGGUUCAGGCUGCAGAGAGGAUCGUGGUGGUCGGAGGGGGGUCUGCAGGAGUGGAGAUGGCUGCUGAGCUCAAAACAGACCAUCCCAGUAAAGAGGUGACUCUGAUCCACUCCCACGUGGCCCUAGCUGAUGUGGAGUUGCUCCCUAGUGUGCGGCAGGGAGUGAAGGAGGGGCUCCUACAGAAGGGGGUCCAGCUGCUGCUGAGUGAGAAGGUGAGUAACCUGGCUGAGCUCUCCAUCAACGUGACCCAGAAGGGCAUGAAGGUAUUGACGGACAAGGGGUCGGAGGUCACGGCUGACCUCAUUAUCCGCUGCACAGGGAUCCGCGUGAACUCUGCAGCGUACAGCUCCGCUCUGGGGGACAGGCUGGCGGAGAACGGCGCACUGAGGGUCAACGCUUACCUGCAGGUGGAGGGGCUCCAGAACGUGUACGCCAUCGGAGACUGCGCCCACCUGCAGGAGCUCAAAAUGGCAUACCACGCGGGACUGCACGGGGCCGUGGCAGCUGAGAACAUCAUCAACACCCUGAGAAACAAGCCACUGCGCUCCUACACGCCUGGCUGUCUGACCAUGCUGGUGACUCUGGGCCGGGAUGGUGGCGUCGGUCAGAUCAACGGCUACAAGGUGGGCAGCCUGGUGGUCAGGAUGGCAAAAAGCAAGGACCUAUUUGCAGGGAAGAGCUGGAAAAACAUGGAACAGUCCAUUCCACAGUGAACUGGGACCAGUAUCACAACUGGGAAUGGAGCGGCCUGCUCCCCGUAGAGUGUUUUUUUUUUUGUUUUUUUUUAUAAACUAAAUAAAAAGUUUGAUAUUCA